AUGGCGAUGAAGGAGCUGAAGAAAUCUUCUGUAAUUCGCCUCAAUGUGGGAGGAAACAAAUUUUGCACAAGUGUUGAUACUCUAACUCAGCGUGAGCCUAACUCAAUGCUUGCUGCAAUGUUUAGUGGACGCCAUAAUAUUGCGUGUGAAGAAGACUGUGAAAAGGGGUGUGUUUUUAUUGACAGGGAUGGCACACAUUUUCGGCACAUCCUUAAUUGGUUAAGGGAUGCUACUGUUCCUUUGUUAGAAGAGCGUUGUAAAUAUUCAGAGCUUUUGAGAGAGGCAGAAUAUUUUCAACUAGUUGGUCUAACAGAGGAAAUACAUGCUUUUCUAAACAAGGAGGACGACGAUCAAAUUGCAAAGUUGGAUGCAGAUUUUACGCGCAGGGAUAUCAUCAACUUUAUACUAUCUAAUGCUACAAUGAAGUUUAGAGGUUUCAAUCUCUCUGGCCUUGAUCUUUCGAAACUAGACUUGACGAAGAUAGAUUUCAGUUAUGCAUGCCUGAGAAAUGUUUGUUUCUCAGGUUGUGAUCUUACACGCGUAAAAUUUAAUUAUGUGGAUGCCGAGGGUGCCAUCUUUAACAAUGCUAGUUUGACAAGUACUGAAUUUGUAGGAGCAAAUCUCCGUGACGCUUCGUUUGUUGAUGCCAAGCUUCGCUUUGCAAAGAUAAAAAGUGCAUGCUUGGUAAAUUGUAGCUUUUUGAGAGCAAUCUUGUAUAAUGCACACCUUUAUGACGCUGAUCUUACAAAUGCAAAUUUUGAAGCGGCUAGUCUGGAAUGUGCAGCCUUGAAAAAUCUCAAGGCCACGAAUACUGCAAAUUUUAGGGAUGCAUAUCUUAUAAGUUCUGGCGUAGAAGAUGUGAAUUUGCAACAUUUGGUGGGUGCAAAGCUUGGCGUUGUUACAGCCUGCGGUAAUGGGUUUAUAUGUAAGAAACCAGACGAAAUUCGUUGA